GAUCGGGCGAUCGCGAGCCAGUCUUAUUCUGACGCUAAAACGUUUCACACGUUCUCAUUGUGGCUUCGCUUUGCCGGCGAGUACGACGCGAGUGACAAACAGAAGUGCUACAAGUGCGAGAUUAGUGGUUUAAGUGAUUCUUUUUUACCAUACGGUGGAUAAAUCGAGCAAAUCUGGAGCGUCACAGUAGUUUAAAGAGCGUCCGCGUGUGUGAUGCAGCGAUGCGGGCGGCGGUGAGGGCGGCGGUGCUCUGCGUCUGCGCGCUGCUCCUGCACCACGCAAACGCGGAGCUCCGUGGAAGAUGUCCAGCGGAGGAGGGGCCGUGCCCAGCGCGGGCGGCGCCCUGCACCACGGACGAUGAGUGCGGGGAGCAGAUCUGUUGCAGUAGCACUUGCGGACAAGUCUGUGUCGACCCGUUGUAUACAGGUUGUGAGAACAUAAGGCUCUCAUCAGAGCGGAUAUCUCGGGCGCUAGCGGCAGAGAACAGCCGAGGCGGACGUGGUCUCUUGAAGUCAGUGCGGGCGCCACGUUGCAGGGCUUCCGACGGAGAGUUCGAGCAGAUACAGUGCGAUAACGAGAUCGUCAGCUCUUGUUGGUGCGUCGACGAAGCUGGCUUUGAGGUAGCCGGCACCCGAGCUCCAGCCGCCAGCCUGGUGAACUGCACGCGCGCUGCCCCGUGCGCUGCUCACACCUGCCGCAUGCUGUGUCCGCUCGGCUUCGAGCUGGACUCUCAAGGCUGUCCCUUGUGCAAAUGUCGGGAUCCUUGUUCUUCCAUCACGUGUCCUGGACAACUGUCUUGUCAGUUAGAAGAAACUCCUUGUUUGAGGCCGCCUUGUCCUCCUGUGCCUACAUGUAAACGCGGAAGGAGUCUACAAAACAUUUGUCCAGCCGGAGAGCCUUUGCUGAUAUCAGAAACGAGUCGACCAUUCCUUUGCGGCACUGAUCCGGGCAAGCCAAAUUGUCCGCCGCUGUACAGAUGUUUAGUUGAGUCAGGAAAUGACUACGGAGUAUGUUGCCCAGCGUCCCUAGAACUCAGAAAGGCUGGUACAUGCCCAGCACAAAACACAACAGAUGUUGAAUGCGGUACACCUUGCGCACACGAUUUAGAAUGCCCCUCGAUGCAGAAGUGCUGUGAUGGGGGGGAGUGUGGGAAGCAUUGCAUCUUACCACAUAAUGUCACGAUGUGUACCCAGCAGAAAAUGCUGGCGGAAUUGCUGGUAAUCAGUGAGAAAGAAGGCAGAGGGUACGUGCCUCAGUGUGCAGCAGAUGGGUCCUUCGAGUCGAAGCAGUGUUCAAGGAAUGGAUUGGUUUGUUGGUGUGUAGACUCGGAAGGCAACAAACUGAGAGGAUCUAUGGGGCCGUCCACAUCCGUUCAUUGCUCCCCUCUCCCGCGGCCUGCGCGGUCCGGUGCCAGGAGUUUGUCUGCCUGCGCGCGCGCUCUCUGCGCUGGCGUCUGCGAGUACGGAUACAAAACCGGAUCAGACGGUUGUCCAACUUGCGAGUGUGAUGAUCCGUGUGCAGGUUAUCCAUGCCCGGAAGGAGAAGAAUGCGUCAGGGUCAAGGAAGCGGAGUGUUCUGGCGAGUUUUGUACGGGAUAUCCUGUAUGUCGACCAAGGGUAUCCUACGAGAAUCCAUGCGAAAUCGGUGUACCGGCGUCGGACGAGUCGGGCGCGGUGUUGUCUUGCGGAAAGGAGGGCGAGGCUUGCCCAGGGAACCACGUGUGCACACAAGUGCGCCGCGACGCAUCCGUCUGCUGCCCAGACCCGCACCAACUGGACAACACUACUGACAGUGAUGUUCUGGAUAUAAACUUCGAAUCAUGCGGCGCGGAAGCAGAAGCAGUGUGUGGUCUGAAUUCUACUGUGAGCUGCCCUGAUGGUGCGUGCGAGGGCGAGUUGACGUGCUGCUCCACUGCUGCCUGCGGACCUGUCUGCCUCGACCCCGCUAAGAUGAGGCUGCAGACCGACCGGGUCGAUGACACGCCUACUAUGUGCGAAUACCUCCGAGAUUUCGACGAAAAGAUGGAAGGCACCGUGGACGGUAUGAAGCUAGCCUUGCCGGCGCCUACAUGUACUGCGGACGGCUCGUACAAGGCCCAGCAGUGCGCCGGCGGACGCUGCUGGUGUGUCGAUUCCUUUGGCACAGAGAUACCAGGCACCAGCACUACUAAUGCAUCCUCUAUCGACUGUGAAAAGGUGCGGUCAGAGCUGCAGUGUCUAGAGCUGACGUGUCGCAUGGGGUGCGACUAUGGGUUCGAGCUGGGCGCGGGCGGCUGUCCGCAGUGCCGCUGCCGCGACGCGUGCGCGGCCGUCUCUUGCCCCGCUGGCCGCGUCUGCACUGUCGUCGACGUCGCCUGCGACGCUGACUACUGCCCGCCUGUGCCUGCCUGCCUGCCGCGUCGCCGCGGGCAGUGUCCGUACCUGGUGCCGGACGCGGCGGCGGCGGGCGCGUGCGAGUUCUCGUGCCGGUCGGACGCGGAGUGCGCGGCGGGCGCGCGCUGCUGCGCCACCGGCUGCGGCACCGCCUGCACCGCGCCGCUGCACCACACCGCCUGCCAGCAGGCCAGAGCUCUGACGUUACACAUAUCGGCAGAGAAAGGCAGUCCGCCAGCUCACACAUGGGUACCGAACUGUGACGAUGAGGGCGCCUACACCAACGUCCAGUGUCGGGACUCGAACCAUACCUGCUGGUGUGUUGAUACUGCUGGUAAUGAGAUUCCUGGUACCAGGACAAUGGAGGGCCAGCCAAACUGCGAGGCUCCAGCUCAGUGCCCUGACCCUGGGUGUAAUGAAGAUGUCAUUUGCCCUCAUGGUCCAGCAUUAGAUGAAAACGGCUGUCCAAUUUGCGAAUGCAGGGAUCUAUGUGCUGAGGCUAAAUGCAGACCUGAUGAAACUUGCGAGCUAGUGCCUUUAGAGUGUGAGGACGAAAACUGCCACCCACUGGUGCGGUGUCGACCGACACCCACGUGUCCAGACGGCGCCCAACCGCUAGUUCCUCCCGGGGAGACAACUCCACUGGCAUGCGGGCCGACCACGGCCGCGUGCCCAUCCACGCACGCCUGCACGUACGCUCCACACGACUCCAGGCCUUCCGUCUGCUGCCCCAAGCCACACACGGUGUGUUUCGAGGCCAAAGAUGAGGGUACUUGCGAGGGAACCGAACGACUGAACACAACUCGAUGGUACUUCAACCAUAAGCACAACCGCUGCGAACGGUUCCGCUACUACGGCUGCUCGGGCAACCAUAACAACUUCAAGAGUAAAGAUGAGUGUAACACCGCUUGUCCUGUGGAAGGGGCUCCCACCAAACUGUCCAUAAAGAAGACUUCACCAUCUUCAAACCUUAAAGGAGAAGUACUGAGCCCUUGUGAGAGACUACGCGAGAAGAAUGAAGCAAAAGCGAAGAAAUAUGGCCAGGUGUCGUUCAUACCUAAAUGUGAUGCCUCCGGCCUCUGGGAACCGGUGCAAUGUAUGCUGGAUAUUGACGUAUGCUGGUGCGUGAGCGCUCACGGCGAGUCACUGAAGGGUUCUAUGGUGCGUGGUGCCAAGCCCACAUGCAAUUUUAGACAAGCGAGAAAGUGGGUGCAACGCGACCCGAUCUACCAACGAGCUAGAGCUGCAGAGGUGCUAGAAGAAUUGAUUAUGCAAAUGACCACAUAUCGAGAAGACGACUUCGACGACGAAGAAGAAGAAGACCUUAGUGACAUAGAAGGUCAAAUGCAAGAAGACGAAUCCAAAGACAACAAUGACAAUAACGGUGAAGACGAAAAUAGUGCAACAGUGCUAUCCGAGGUUGUCGAACCAAGGACAGAUGUUGCGAGGACAGUUGACAAGCCUCUAGAAGUUUCUGAGGAGAAAAUCGUAUUCAAGACUAAAUGUCAAAUGAUGCAAGAAGAAAGUGAAAAUGGAGCUGAGGGUCCUCCCCCUAGAUGUCUAUCAGACGGGUCGUUCUCCCCGCGGCAGUGCUCUCGCGGCCGCUGCUGGUGCGUGGACGCGGCUGGCCAGCGACGGCCACAUGCCACCAUAGUGCCAGAGAUACCAGCUCCAGAUCCUUGUGAACUAACUCAAGUAGACUCGGCUAUCCUGGAGCUAGAACUGCUGAACGUGGAGAGCUUGGUAGCAGAGCGCGCUCGUAAUACGCUGGCGGCUCGACUAGCGGCGCUGGGCGCGCGUGUGCCCGUAGGGUUGCUACGUGACAAGACUGCGACACGACUGCGGGCCGUGCUCGCUGGACCUAGGGCUGUCGACAUCGUCUAUCAUGUUGAGAACCUGGUGAAGCAGGAGAAGCUGUCGGGCGAGCGCGGCGCGCUGGGCGCCGACAUGGUCCGAAGCGAAUACCGAUUGGCCGCGCCACCGCCACCCGCCCUGCAGCAGCGCGAGAUACUCACCGAGUCCACUGUAUCAGCAACAACGUCCUAUCACACAGCACUAAUAGUAUUAGCUGCCACAUCAGCCUUCAUCAUCAGCGUCCUGUGCGUUCUGGUGAUGUUGUACCGCGCUCGACUCCAAAGAGAGCCUCACAAAGCCGAGCGGUUCCUCCCCGCAGCGCCACCCGUGUAUGUACUCUCGGCUGAUGAGAAGGCGGAACUGGCGAGGGUGUUACACGCCCCUCCUCCGCCGCUCCCCACUAGCAACGAUGAUACCCACACGAGAGUGUAACUCAAGUACUACCGCCCCUACGUUACUUGAACCAUUCGUUUUCACCACAGAGUAACAGAGGAUCCAUAAACAGAGAAUAAACUUCAGAGAGCGCUGGAUCUGGACAGUGGUAUUUAUUACAUACAGAUGUGAAUAAUGUGACAUCAUUUUGUUAAUAAUAUUAUUAACAAAAUGUUAAUAUUAUUAAUAAAAAAGUUAAUAGUUAUAUUAUUUUAAUAAUAAUCAGGAUCAUGGUAAAUAUAAUAUACAACAUAGUGCAGAAAUAAGUUCUGUCAUUCCCCCAUCCACCUGAAAAAUCCGAAAAAUUUAAGACCGGGGGGCUUGUUAACAAUUAAGAUUAUCGAUUUUCAGAUUCAACUCGAAUAAUUAUACCAGCCACCUACAAUAAUCUCAUACAGAUCCAUUACUAAACCACAUGGCCAGAACAUUUUCGAAAUCGGCCUAGGUACGGGGUAUUGUAGACAUGUACGGAAAAUUAAAAGCAUUUUCUAUAUAAUUGCAUACAUUUUAUAAGACAUUUUUUUUAAAGCAUCCAGAAGCUUACACUCUGUUACGGGAUCUGCUGUGUUCUCACUUCCAAAGUAAACUUAGUACAGGUAAGAGAAAUUAGGGUCCAAAUAUCGGCUAGAGUUGAAGUAACGUAGUUACGCCCUACAGAGGCUGGCGGCCAUUUUAGUUGUACACAGAAGUAGACCGGAGUUCUUUUUGUGAUUUUCAUGAGACUCUUCGUACUGAGUAUGUGGAAUUGGCCGUCAAUAGAGGUGGAGGGGUCAAAUUAUUAACGGAUAACGGUAACGAUCGCUAAGUAAUAGAAGAUAAAAUAUGUUGCAAUCUACCUAAAGAAAUGGCUCAAUUGCAUUAUUCAAACUUGAUGGGUACCAAUAAUAUAAAGCAUUAAUUAUGCUGAAUAAAGUAAUAAAAUUAAAUAAAUUUUAACUACUAGGUACUAUUGUUUAUGCGUUUUCGACUAUAGAUAUCAAAAUUGAGGAUACUGUAUUUAAUUUAAAAUACUCCUUACAGUGUCUGUAUCUGCACAAUACAUAACUAAUAUCCGGAGAUACAGACGAAAAAUUUCCCUUUAAAGUUUUAAAAAAUGUAAUGGGCCCCAUUAUAAGUGUAAAAAUGGCGCGAAAACUGGGUUCUACUGUUAAUUGACUAAAAAUAUAUAGAAUGAAUCUAUUUCAUACAUACAUACAUACAUAUCUGUCACGCCUGUCUCCCAUUAGGGUAGGCAGUAUCUAUUUCAAUUUUGACAUAAAUAUCAAUUGCGUCGUCUUAGCAAUCGUCACCGUUUUACACCGUUCAUUCAAUCGUUCAAUGGCAAGUCGACGCAGAGCGCGCGUCGUCUUGUCAUUGAAUGAAUUUAACUUGUUAAGUUUUAUAUCACUUACGUACUAUAAGCAGGCGUAGUGGCGUGUGUUAUUGUGAAACGCGCGCCUUUACGCUCUUAGUUCCUCUCGUUGAGUCUCAAUCUUUGCACAUUUGAAUGAGAAUAUAUUGUAAUUAAUUAAAAUUAAUAUACAUAUAUUACGUCGCAUAUCCAGUCAAUAAUACCAAGUAAGUAAAAACUCCUAAAAUAAAAUUACACAUGAUAUUGCUCGCUAAAUUACGUCUCUAAAUAUGAAAUCAAACACGAAUUAACUAGAAAAAGACCUAAGUCUUCGGUGUUAAAUUUUAAUUUUUAAUGCAGACGAUAAAAUGUAAUUUUAAUAUAAAUAUUAAAAAUAUAAUCACUUAUUACGGUCAUUUAUAAUCAUUGGGCAAAACGAUGAAUUUUUCACAAAACCUUUUGACUGUAAAUCUAGUAUAUAAAUACUUUGUUCAGUCAAUAAUAGUAUUGACUGAACAAACCCGAUAAUAUGCACAUAUACGCCGGUUCUGAAUGUUCUUGAAUCUUCUUCCUCAAACAGUAAGAGUUAUACGGUACACGAUCUAUUUGAUUAUGAUAGAUCACUUUGAAUAUUCUCCAGUUUCUACAACCUUCCAAUAUCCGACUAUUGAUUGCCAAAAAUAAUCGUCAAAAACGACUUUCUUAUUACAAAAUAAAUACAUUAAUUAGUUGAACUAAUAUUGUCCUGCGAAGAACGUGACUCGACGUAGAACUAAUCUAGUCUUACCCAUUCAUGACGAAUGUCUUCAUUAAUCAUCUGCGCUGUUCCAUUGCUGUGUCUUAUUUGUAAAUAAAUAAUUUAUGUUCAUUAUAUUGUCGUUUGGAAUAUAAUAUUUUUCAUAAAUCAUUAAAUAAACUCUCAUUGUUACGUAUAGGUGUAACAAAAUGUACCUAACUUCCCAGUUUUACUAUUUUGAGAUGAUAUGAGAUAGUUAAUAUUUAAAAAGUUUUAGUAUGUAUAUUUUACUUUAAAUAAAUAAAUACAUAAUUUUAUACA